AUGGCGUCCUCGGCGCUUCUGGCCGCAGACUACGCCAGCUUGGCAAAGGAGGCAGGGAGGAGACACUCGGACGUUCGCGACGCGGCGGACAAGGCGCAUCAGUUGAUCAAGCAGUCGAAAGAGCAGGCAUUUGAAGAGCUCAGGGCAGAUCCUCCUCCCUCCCAACACCCACUCUAUCAGCCCAUCUUUCUCGCCUCGCCGACUCGCAAUGCGAAAGUCAUUGCGCUCGCCAUGUCUGCUCUGCAGCGGCUCAUUGUUGCAGGAGCGGUGCCGAAGACGUUCGUCAAGCAGAUUCUCGACACGCUCGAGCAGGUCAUUCCGCAAGGCGUGGAAAUCCAGCUCAAGAUUCUGCAGAUCCUAAGCAGUCUCUUGACGACCAACUCGCCUGCUGCGGAUGGAUCGCGCACGGGCAAGCUGGUGCAGGGCGAAGAGUUGGGUCGAGCCCUCGAGCUCUCGCAUCGCUUGUCGACCUCGAAGAUCCCCGUUGUCGCUUCCACCGCCUCCGCCACCCUUCGCCAGCUCUUCAUGUUCGUCUUCGAGCGCGUAGGCGAAGAGGACGCCCUCGUCGCCUUCUCAUCAGAUCCGAACGACCCGUCCCUACCAGCCGCGACUUUCGACGUCGAUAUCCCGCCUCUUGAGGAGGACCGCGCCGCUUCGCUCGCUACGUCCAUAGCGCGAAAGAAACCUUACCUGCCGGGAGACGCGCCCUCGUCGCCUGAGGUACCGCAGAAGACGCCUGCGUUUGGCGCGACGUUGCUGCCCGAGCCGCAGAACGAGACGCGCUCAAUGAAGCUUCGGCCAGCAGCAAGGGACGCGUACCUCCUCCUCGAAGACUUGUGUCUGCUCAUCGCGGGUGCGGGAGGAGAGGGCGCUCCAGAUGGCGAACCGAGCUUCCUGAGAUGGGGGAGUCUGAGCAGGACGUUUGGGCUCGAGUUGGUGGAGAGCAUCGUCAGCGGGUUUGGUGGCAUCGUUCGGACGCACCCGGAACUCUUGCUUGUCCUCCGCGCACACCUCUGCCCGCUUCUCAUCCGCUUCCUCUCCUCGCCUCCCCACUCGGCUCUCAGCUCCUCCACCUCCUUCACCUUCUCCUUCCCGCUCACCCUCCGCCUAACCCGCGUCGUCUUUCUCCUCCUCAAACAAUUCUCCGACCUCCUCACCCUCGAAUCCGAAGUCUUCCUCACUAUGUUCGUCCGUGUCAUCGGACCAGGCGACCGUGGCGAAGGCGAAGGAGGACACCCUGCCGGCCCCGCAGCGGGUCAGAACAGUCCGCUGUGGAUGCGCGUUCUCGCGCUCGAAAUCUUCCGUGGGUUGUGCAGCGACUUUGGGCUGAUGAUGAAGGUCUACCAGCGGUAUGAUGCGGCGACGCGAGAGGCGGGGGAGCGGAGUGGGUCGGGGAACAAGGGGAAGGGGAGGGCGUCGCCGGCGAGCGGAUCAACUGUCUUCAGCGACAUGAUGACCGCCUUCAAUCGCCUCGCGACGGAGAAGCCGUCCGUACUCGGCGUCGGCGCAGCGGUCAUGUACGGCUCGUCACUCGGACCGGUAUUCUCGAGCGGCGCAGGGUCGUCAGCAGGUCAUGCAUCGACAGGCAUGAGUCCAGCGGCGAAUUCGACGGGCGUCACGGGCUCGGCCGUUAUCGACAGCGCCAUGGAAAUGGGCUACGGACUUGCCCAAGCGGCAGGAUCGGUCGUCGGGAGCAGCGUAGCGGCUGCGGCAGGUGCAGUGUCCGCGGCAGGAGGCGCGGCGGCCGGACCCAGCCUCGACGUCCAGACGGCGUCAAUGAAGCUUCAAUGCAUCGAUCAGCUCGACAAAGCCGAACCGCCGCAGAUCCCCGAGACCUACAUCUUCCUCCUCGCCCUGCAGUGCCUGUCGGCCCUCGCAGACGGCUUCGCCUCGUUCACACUCGCGACCUAUGGCGACGUCGUCGCGCGGCAACAAACGACGCGUGGUCUGGCACCCCCCGCUCUUAAUUGGGACCGCCUCGACGAGCGAGAUCCGCACGUCGCGUCACUUCGGGUCGUGCGCUCGAUGGCCGAGUCCGCCUGGCCAGCCCUUCUCGCUUCAAUGUCCUUCUUCAUCGCCACAGCCCUCUCCGACGACCUUUUCUCCGACGUCGUCACCUCACUACAGAACUUCACUUCCGUCCUCGGCGUCCUCAACCUCGAGACGCCUCGAGAAGCAUUCCUCACCUCGCUCUGCAAGUUUGCCAUGCCGCCCGCCGUCGUCUCUCACAUCGCCUCUCAGCAAGAUCCGUUCGCCUCUCACGCCUCGAAGCCUUCGUCCGCUGCUGCAGCAGCCACAGCGGUCCUCUCAGCGGGUGCAGAAUCGCUCGCCCUCCUCGCAGGCGGUUCUUCCUCCGCCUCUCUCCCCGUCGGCCUCUCCUCCCGCAACCUCGCCUGCCUCCGAGCACUAAUGUCGGUCGCGCACUACCUCGCCGGCUCACUCGGCUACUCGUGGUUCUGCGUUUUCGAGACGCUGCAGAAUGCCGACUUCGUUAUCCGCGCGACAUCUACCGUCAAGAGCGCAAAGAAGCGGACACAGGUGCCUGCGACUGCCGCUCACGCUACGCCAAGUAAGGCGGGGACGAGCGGAUUGGGCGCGGGACAGUCUGCUUCGUCGGAUCAGACGGCUCUUCCAGUUGUUCCGACCGAGGCGGACGAGCUGGCCGUUCAACAAGCGAUCGCCAAGCUGUUUGAGGUGUCGACGAACCUCGACGACGGCGCCUUCCGCCAAUUCCUCGGUGCACUGUGUCGCCUGAGCGGCGAGAUGAUUGGAUUGCAGAUGGCCGAGGACGGAACAGUGGCGCAUUCUGCGGGCGGCGACGACCGAAGCGAAGACGGCAGCACGGGCUCGACGACGCCGCUGGAUACGCCCGACCGCAGUCGACGACGAUCGAGCGGGAUUAGCACGAGUCGGGGCGCCUCGACAAGGGGCGGCGACAAAUCGUUCGGUAUUGCCAAGCUGGGCGCUGUUGCACUCCUCAACGUCUUGCGACUCGUCCAACGACCGCCAGACGUCGGCUGGGAGCUGCUCACCUCGCAUCUCCUCUUCGUCCUUCACUCGACUUCGACCUCUACCCCGAUCCGCCUGCAAGCCGCCGACGUACUCGGGACCGUCCUCACGGCUUCUAUCAAGGCGCUGUCUGCUUCCGACCUCGCCUCGGACGUCGAGCUGCAGGAGCGAGGGCAGACGCAAGUGCUCGACGCGCUUGCCGCACAAGCUGAACCUGCGCCCCGGUUGCAGCUUGCUCCCGACGUCGAGAUCCGCCGCCUCGCGCUCGAUACACUCCUCAAAAUCCUCGAAGCGAACGGACAUUCGUUCGUCACGGGCUGGACCCAGAUCUUCCACAUCCUCCGCACCGCUUGCCCGACCGCCAGCUUCUUCGCCCCGCCUUCGCCCGUCGUCCCAUCCGCACCUCGCCGCUCGCUCGACACGAUCACAGAGCAUGAUGGCGUCGGUCCAAUGACUCCUAUGCGUAGCAGCGUAGGCGCGAACGGGUACUUCAACCUCGGCGUCGACGGAGGAGCGAAGAGUGCCAAGUCUGCCGUCCUCGUUCGGACCAGCUUUCCGUCCCUUCAGCUCAUCUGCACCGACUUCCUGGACGCGCUCGACGUUGCUGAACUGCGCGACUGCAUCACGACGCUGUCCGAGUUCGGCAAGCAGGCGGAGGAUGUCAAUGUCGCCCUCACCGCGGGAGGUUUGAUCUGGGGCGUAUCCGACCAUGUCCAGGCGAAGCGGAAACAGAGCGACAGCGAAGUCGCUCACGGCGAGCUGUGGAUGUUCUUGCUGCACAACCUCCUCGCCCUCUGCCGCGACUCGCGGCAAGAAGUGCGCGACGCGGCGAUCACCAACGUCUUCCGCUCGAUCUCGAUGUACGGCUCGACACUUGACGAUGCGACCUGGGACGCCUGCUGCUGGGAGGUCAUCUUCCCGCUCGUGGACGACAUCACAUCGACUAUCCGACGGCGCAACGACCCUGGCGCGGCGGAGGACGAGGACUUGAGCGAGGAAACCGUCCCGCAGCCGAAUGCGCCGCCGAUUCGAUUGGUGGACAAGCAGUGGGACGAGUCUCUCACGCUCGCCUUGCGCUACCUCGGCGACGUCUUCUUCGACUACCUUUCGCAACUCGUUAUGGUCGAACGGUACGACGAGAUCUGGACCGCUUUCGUCGACCGCAUCAAGGACUCGUUCGUCAGCGAUCGACCCGUUCCAGCGACUGCGGCGAUGCAGGCACUGGAGAAGGUUCUCACUGUCUCGCUCGACAUGUCUGCGGCUGAGCGCAUCGGCAAGUCGUGGGAAGUCGCAUGGCAGGCCUGGGACGACGUAGGCGCGGCCCUCGAGGAGAACGCUCGCGCAGGCCCGAACGAGGAGAAGAUCUACACGCAGGUCAACCUCGAAGCCUUUGUCCGUGUUGCACUCCCGAUCUACACUCCUCCGCACAUCACCUUCGACCUCUCUCGCAUUCAACGCCUCCUCGCCGUUCUCAAGACCACCCUGACCUACCAGCGAAGCCCUGAUUACCGAGCCGACGUCGACGGCCUCAUGCCCCUGCAGUCGGCUGUUCUCGAGGUCGUCGCGGUCAUCAAGCUCGACGACGUUCCCGGCGCCGCGUCUGCCGUCCUUUCCGACCUGAGCGAGUACCUCAAGCUCGCGUUCGUCGCGCCGUUCGAGACUUCGUCGGCAUCCGGCAUGGCCAUGGGCGGCCAGCGUGUGACGUACGUUGCGCUAGCGAAAGAGGUCAUGCCGCACGUGCAGUGGCUCUACCGCAAGUACAGCGACGAGCCGUCCGUCUACGAGCAGGGCGCCGUCGAACGGAUGUUGCAGGUGUAUACGCUUCCGAUGCGGCUCAAGCACGACUGUCCUGCGCCGGCCAAGUUCGGGUCUGCCGAGCCUCUCUGGAAGACGGCGACGGUCAACUACCUCAAAGCGGUGCGCGACGUCGUGUCCGCCCUUGGGACGCUCGACUUGCCGCCUCCGACGGAGGAAGCUGUGUGGACGCAGCUCGUCGAGGGUUUUGCGGAAGCCUUGCUUGCCUCGAGCCGGGACUCGGCGACGCAGCGCGGCGCCGACCUGCAUCGCGAGGAAGAGUUCGACCUUGCUCUCCUAGCAUCGCUCGAGCACGAUGUGCUGCCUCACCUCGGUUCUCCCCGCGUCCCCGAAAACCUCGUCCGCCGACUCGCCAAAGCCCUCCAACUCGCUUCCCGACUGUACCGUCUCGACUUGCCCGAUCCGUUCCCCGACUCACAUGUCGAGCCUCGCUUCAGCCUCGACUUUGACGAGCAGGUCAAGGGCGAGAUGUUUGGCACAACGGUCGAGAUCGUCGAGAACCGCAAGGAGCGGUUUGCGUACUGGUGCCUGGACAUGCUGUUCCUCGUGUGCGAUGGCCACAAGGCCUCCGACCCAGCAUGGCAACGACUCGCCGCUCUGAGCGUGCCAUCGCUUCUCAACCGCUGCGCCGCUAUCAUCAAGACCUACAUCGCUGAUGCGCCUUUGCGAGGCAAGAUGCCGUUCCCUCGGAUCCGGCAAGAGGAGCUCACCUACGUCCUGCAACGACUCUCCGCGCUCCGCCUCGCACGUGAUACCCUCUGGGCCUCGACACAGCCCUCUCCCUCUUCCGCCAUCGCCUCGCCAACUCCCCUCUCGUCCAGCUCGCCUCGCGACCGCGUCCGCGACGCCAUGCUGCGCUCCCCACUCGCCCAUCUCUAUGAGCUCCACGGUGUCCUCAUCGAUCUGCUGGAGGUGGCGCGGAGCGAGCCGAGUAUCGUACAGGCGUACAUGCCGCAGCGAUUUGCGGUCGGCUUGCGGGAGGAGGACGAAGAGGUCGAGUGGGAAGGCCUUCCUGCCGGGUGCAAGGUCGGCAUCGUUGGUCGCAGACGGCGUGGCGGAGUUGGACAUGACGAGGACGAGAUGGACGUCGCCAAGUUGGCGCUCAGGUGCUUGAAGCUGGUCGGGGAGGAGAUUGGCGCUGGUUUGUCGUUCGCCUGA